AUGGCACCCUCUGUCCUGGUAGACCCAGUCAGCGGCCAGCAGGACAUCGCGAAGUCGAGGGCCGGCGACCGCACCGUGAUCCCGACCGCGUUCCCGAAUCCGUGUCUCCAGGCUUUGGUGCACAUCAAAGCCACAGGGAUCUGUGGAUCCGACAUUCAUUUCUGGAAAACCGGGCGCAUCGGGUCACUCAUGUUUGAAGGCGACUGCAUUAUCGGCCACGAGGCAGCCGGAGUGGUUCUCCAAUGCGGCGAGGGCGUCACUCGUUUGAAACCGGGCGACCGAGUAGCAGUCGAGCCCGGCGUUCCGUGCGAGCACUGCUUUCUCUGCAAUGAAGGCCGCUACAAUUUGUGUGAGGAUGUCCAAUUUGCCGGCGUCUACCCCUACGAUGGUACCAUUCAGCGCUACAAACUGCACCCGGCCAAGUGGCUGCACAAACUGCCGGAUAAUGUCAGCUUUGCCGAGGGCGCUCUCCUGGAGCCACUCUCGGUGGUGAUGCAUGGGAUCAAGACAGCAGGGCUAUCUCUGGGCCGUGGUGUGGUGGUUUGUGGUGCUGGACCCAUUGGGUUGAUCGCGCUGGCCGCGGCGCGGGCUUCGGGAGCUCACCCCAUUGUCGUGACGGAUGUAGAGCCCGGCCGGUUAGCCUUUGCUAAGGACUUGGUGCCGUCCUGUGUCACUUACCGAGUUGAUGUCGCAAAAGAUGCGCAGGAGAAUGCCCGCGCGAUCCGAGCCCUGUUUGGGGAGGAUGAGUAUGUUGCGCCGGAGACGGUCCUGGAGUGCACAGGGGUAGAGAGCAGCGUGUGUACGGCGGCAUACACGGCACGGCGAGGCGGUACGGUGAUGGUGAUAGGGGUGGGCAAGACCAUCAUGAAUAAUCUGCCCUUUAUGCAUAUUUCCCUUGCCGAGAUUGACUUGCGUUUUAUCAAUCGGUACCGGGACACCUGGCCGCCCGCGAUUGCUUGCCUCAGCGGAGGCAUUCUCGACUUGAAGAAGCUCGUCUCGCAUGUUUUCCCGUUGGAGAAAGCGCAGUAUGCGUUGCAUCUCUGUGCCGACCCUCGCAACGGGAGUAUCAAGGUGCUGGUGGUGGAUGACACGGAAGUUUCUUUGUGA